AUGUUUUUGUCGUCUGCGGUUAUUCUCUCUGCCCUGGCGUUGGCGCUGGACGCCCCCAGGGUCUUGGCUGACGACUUUAAGCCCUCAGUGCUGGGCACGCCGCAGGUGCUGGGCCUGGUGGCCGACCCCCAUAUCAACCGGGACUCGUGCGGAUCGGCACGCUUUGGCAGUCGGGAGCUGUGGGCGUGUCGCGACUCGCAGCCGUACGAUGCAGAAGGACACCCUACUUUUCCCCUAUACCAGAGCUCGGCGUCGUGGACGGACUUCGACCUGGAUGGCAAGCCCAAGAUCCAGGCGAUCAAUGGCUCACAGACCGGACUGCUCUGUUACGGUAACAACUACGAAGAGCCCUUCUAUCCAGUGCCGGAGAAUGAAUGCCACGAGAACUCGAUCGGCGCAUGCCCCGACCAAAAAAGUCGGUCAGCCAUCUGGCCUGACAGCCCGCCCCUGGUGACGAGCGCGGAUCUUGCGACGGGCGUGAUUCAGGCGUACACCUGGAUCACACAGAGUGCCAUCGACUUCCACCAGCAUGCACUCGUGGUCGACCCUCCGACAACGCUGUAUAGCGUGUACUACGACCCAGCCGAGAGCGGCACGGCGGCCGGCCUUCCCAAUGUGACGAUUGUGCAAGAGAACUUCUGGACGAGCGACCAGCUCCCCUACGGCUCCUACGGGGGCGUCGUCGCCGACGGGAUCGCGUACCUAUACGGCCAAAACAACGCAAGGUCCGUCGGUCUGGCACGCGUACCGGCCGAUCAGGUUACAAACAAGACGGCCUAUGAGUUCUAUGUCAACGGCGACUGGACAAGCACCGUUCCGGGGGUCAAUGACACAGGUGUUAACAUCCUGAACGUUAGCGCCGGCGGCCAGGGAACCUACUACUACUCGAGCAUCUGGAAACGAUUCGUGUGGAUCGGACAGGCCUGCGACGAUAUCGGUGCCAAUUUCUACAUCACCACAUCUGAGUCCCCUGAGGGCCCCUGGGCUAAGCCCUCGCACUUCUACACCGGCUCCAGUGACGACAGCAGCAUUUCCUACACUCUUCAGGCGCACCCGGGCUUACUGCGCAGCCUGGAUGAAAACGCCAUCUACCUAACCUGGACUACCGCUAACAGCACUGGAUAUUACAUGCCACUGGUCUAUGUGCAAUGGCAGUGA